AUGGAUACGAGCUUUUUUGUUAUUCUCGCUUUAGUAAGCUCCGUGUUCGCCGGUAAACACGAUAUUUACUCGAGACAUGCUGUCUACGGUGUUGAGCUUCGAGACCAGGAUGAUGUGGCGACUCUCUUCAAUCUCCAGCAAAAACUGAACGUCGAUAUGUGGCAGCACGGUAUGGCCAGAGUCAGAGACGCUGAAGUCAUGGUCUCACCGGAACAGUCCAAGGAGUUCUUCGAGACUUUAGAUAAUAACGGUUUGAAGUAUUAUUUGAAAAUAGAAGAUGUUUCUAAAGUUCUGAAGGAGCACGAAGAGGAUCUGGCAAAAUGGAGGAGAAACAGAAAUAACAGAAUGAUCUUUCAAGAUUAUCCGCGUUACGCUGAGGUAAACCAAUACAUGGAAGAAAUUGCCGCUAGAUAUCCAAAUUUGGUGACCCUAGUCAACGCAGGGAAAAGCUUCGAGGGGCGAGACAUCAAAUAUUUGAAGAUAUCGACUACAAACUUCGAGGAUCCUCGCAAACCAGUUUACUUCAUGGAUGGCAUGAUGCACGCUCGCGAAUGGGUCACGACUCCAGUCACGAUGUACUCAAUCUUCAGGCUCGUAGAGAACUUGAGAGAUGAUGAGAGGGAUCUGCUUGAGGACAUCGAUUGGAUCAUUUUGCCUAUCGUCAAUCCCGAUGGCUAUGAGUUUAGCCAUACUGACGACCGUCUUUGGCGUCGCACCCGUUCCGUCAACCUAGAAGUCAGUACUACCUGCUUUGGAGUCGACGCGAAUAGGAACUUUGAUGUCGACUUCAAUACCCUAGGGGUCUCCAGAGAUCCGUGCUCCCAAACCUACCCAGGGGUCGCGCCGUUCUCCGAACCAGAAACAAGAAUAGUCCGGGACAUCCUCUCGAAGUACUUGCCACGUAUACAGCUUUACAAUAACAUUCAUAGCCAUGGAAACUAUGUUUUAUUCGGUUUUGGAAACAACACUUUGACGCCUAAUGUGGCGCAGCUGCAUCAUGUGGCUGCCGCGAUGGGCACUGCCAUGGACGCUGUCAAAUUACCCGAAGCCGGAUAUUAUCUGAUCGGUAACAGCGGUUUGGUGCUAUACAGAACGUCAGGAAGCGCCCAGGAUUACGGUCAGCAUGUUGGUGUCCCCUUCUCGUACACUCUGGAGCUGCCUGGAUACGGCUACGACUUCAGGGUACCGCCUUCUUUCAUCGAUCACAUCAACGAGGAGACCUGGAAGGGAAUCGCCAUCACUGCUCGCCUUUCAAAGAUUCACUACCGCAGCAGAACUAGUCGACAAUGA